UGAUGAUUUCUAAUGUUGAAUUCUGUAUAAAUAAUGUUUUUAACAUGUGUGUUGUUCAAUUAAGGAUUUAAUUAUAUACCAACAAAUACUGGAGUGAAUUAACCACUUUUAUCUGUUUUCGAAACUGAUCUAAAUGUGUACGAAACAGUUCACACGUCAAUAUUGACAGGUUCACCAUGCGGGAAACACUAUAAAACGUGACAAAAUUAACAAGUUAAGAGUAACAAAUAUGAUCCAUCACUCUAAGUGAAAUGAAAGGUUAUAUCAUAUAGUUAUGGCUACUAAGAUUAUAUAUUUUGUAGUGGAUGGUAAAAAUGAACAAGCAGAAUUUCGUAGCGAUGACUUUUCUGAUGAUUUGAAAGAAACCUUUCGCAGUGCAGCAGAGGCUGGCCCGCAUGAUAUACUGAAACUGUAUAAUGUCAAAGGCAAUCUGGUUAAUAUAUCUCCUCGAUUACCUGAAAAUACUCCACAGACCAGAUACAAACUAGAAGUUGUAGCUACACAGUGCAAUGAUGCUCCAACAGGAACAGAACUGGGUGUGGAUUUCUCUGCCAUAGAAGCAAGACUUGGUAAAUUAGAAAAGAAAGUGUUUGUUGAAAAUGGUGAGAUGCCUCCAUUGGUUCAAGAUCUUCAAAACAAAGUGGAACAUUUCAAAGAAAAAUUACAGAGCGUAGACCACCUGAGCUGGUUAGGAUUAACAAAAGAGAUAUCCAGUGGGACUUCAUUACAACCGUUCUGGGAUAAACAACAAUCCAUACGAAAAACAGAAGAACACAAUAGAAACGUGUUCGAAAAGUUCAGAAAAAUGCUCCAAGUGGAUGUGACAGAUGAAGUUAGAGAAUAUUUACGGAAGCCUACGUUUGAUAACUGGCAGUGGGAUGACCCAGAAAUGUUGAUAUUACUUCGCCAAAUGUAUAUAGAUUUAAAUUUGGUAUCAAAUCUAAAUAUUGAGAUGCCAAUCUUACAUAACUGGUUGUAUGAAAUUUAUAGAAACUAUAACCAAGUGCCUUUUCAUAACUUUAAACACUGCUUUAUGGUUGCACAAAUGAUGUAUGGGUUGAUAUGGUUGAUUGACCUGCCAUCAUUACUAGAUGAUAUUGAAAUUUUUAUCCUGCUUACCUCAGCUAUUUGUCAUGACUUAGAUCAUCCAGGGUACAAUAAUGCAUAUCAGAUCAAUGCCAAGACAGAGUUAGCUUUACGAUAUAAUGACAUUUCACCGUUAGAAAAUCAUCACUGCUCAGUGGCGUUUGAAGUUUUAGAAAAAAGACAUUGUAAUGUGAUGAGAAAUCUUUCUAAGGAUCAAUAUAAAAGGGUACGAGAAGGCAUGAUAAGGUGUAUUUUAGCAACAGAUAUGGCCAAACAUAAUGAAAUACUCAGUAAUUUUAAAUCAUGUACUCCGUCAUUUGACUUUAACAACAAGGAUCAUAAAGCCUUGUUAUUAAUGGUCCUCCUAAAAAUAGCAGAUAUUUCUAAUGAAUGUCGACCUCUGGAUGUAGCUGAACCAUGGCUUGAAUGUCUUUUACAGGAAUUCUUCAACCAGAGUGACAUAGAGAAAUUAGAAGGCUUACCUGUGGCCCCAUUUAUGGAUAGAGAAAAAGUCACAAAAUCAUCAUCACAGAUAGGCUUUAUUAAGUUUGCAUUACUUCCAUUAUUUGAAGCUUUAGGACAACUCUUCCCUGUGAUUGAGAAAGACAUUAUUGGACCAGUACGAAAUGCGUUAGAAUAUUAUACAGAUAUGCAGCGAGCUUUAGAAGAGGAAAAGAAGAAAAAAGAUGCUGAAAGUUCUAAAAAUGGCAUAACUAAAUCAAACAGUCAGAGCAAAGUACCUGUAUAGCACUGUAAAAUGGCAAAAGUUUAUUACAACUCUAAUAGAGACCGUCUCAAAAUGGGGCAGGAACUUAAUGAUUAAAGAAGAUGGCUGACAAAUGAGCUUCAUAAUUGUUAUACCUUUAAUGGAUUUCGGCAUACUUUUUUUUGUCAAAAAUCAUUUUUUUGGGGUAAUAAAAUAGAUAUUUUAAUGUCAUUUUUAUAGUAUGCCAAUUUUUAUCAUACUAUAUACAAGCUGGUUCAUCUGCCCACAGUUAUGUAAUAUUUCAGUUAUAACUCAAUGUAUUUUUGCAAAAUUGAGCAUCUUUAUUUUUUUUCAAGAAAGACAAGGUAUUUGUUGUGAAUAGCAUAAAAUUUAACUUGAAUUUAAAAAAAAUCAAACACUGUUUAAAUAUUUAUUUGUAAGUUGUUUGAAAUUAAGCAUGAAAUUUUUCAAAAAAUCUAUGGCUUUUGGUGUUGAGUCAGAAAAAAAUCCAUCAUAAGUGAACAUUUUGAGACAGUCCCUUUACAGUGAAGAUCAAAUUUAUCUACCUCUGGUAUAUGUUACAGUAUGUAAUAAGUGAUACAUAUACUCUUUAUGUUGACUGUACUCUGGUAGUGUUAUUGUAUUCAGCAUAAAAAGGGUCUUUCAAGUUGUUGGCACUUUUUGUGGCUGCUAUUGUGCUUUACAUAAUGGACCUAUUUAAACAGUGUUUUAAAAAAUGCUGGAUUUUUAUUUGAUGUAAAAUAUGAUGCAAGUGGAUCAAUUUUGAUAGACUUUCUUGUGUGAUUCGUUGUUAAAUUUUAAAUUAAAUAUGUGUGAAAUUAUUGCCACUGGACGCAAUUUAUUUCACAACUUGAAACAACAAACUUAUUAUGUUUAUGCUCAAAGUCAAUGUGCUCUAUUGGUAGUGAUUUUCUUGCUGCUAAAUAAAAAGAAGGAGAAAACAAGUG